AACUUCUCUUUGUUUUUAUAAAAAUAUAGAUAUAAAAGAAUAGAUUCAUAACUUUUUGAAAAUUAAAAUGGCAAUAAUACUAAAUAUUCAAGUGUAUUUAUGUAUGUUUUUCGCAUUUUUACAUACUGAAGGAACACGUAAUUCAAAUGACAAUGUGAAGACCAUUCAAAAUUUUCUAAGUCAUCCAGGAUGGAAUAAUAUAAAUGAUGUAGAAUUAAUUAAGUAUAGGAACAAUCAGCAUAAACUGAAAGAUUUAAUUGUUAUACCUGUAACAAUGUUAAAUUGUGAUAAUUGCAUACAGCAAAUAAUGCUAUUCCUUGGAUGUUCUUACGCUAAUGAUUUAGAUUUAAUAAACUAUUCAUUAAAUAAAUUUCAACAACAUUGUUUUGAACUAUUAGAUUCUAGUUAUGUUAGAGCGCACCAUUGUACAAUCACACUUUUAACGAAAAUGAUUGAAAUUAUUCCGAUUGCAAAAUGUAUGAGAGGAGCUUUAGAUGCAAUAAAAAAAUAUCAUACCGCUAUCCGGAGCAGCGUAAAAAGAAAACGUUUUAUUUUAAGCAGGUUACUAACAAAUUUACAGGAAGAAGAAAUAUUAUUGACUAGGUUGAGUACCAGUUUGCUUCCAAUUAAGGAUGUAUUAGGAUCUAUCAACCAAAUAUUAUUGUCGAGGAGUAAUGAAUUUAAAAAAGAUAAGUCAUUUUGUGAACUAAAACAAUUGAAUUUUGAUUCAUUGUGGCAAAUAUGGAAUACAGAAUUCAAUACACCAAUAGUUCAAAGAAAAUUUCAAGAACUAUUUAUUUUUCUUAGUGAUAAAAUUAGUAAUUUUAUCCUAACAACAAUCACGAAAAAAUAUUUUGAACUUGGAUUUAUAUUUGAUUCGAACACAAGUCAGACAUUUUUAUCUGUUAAACCAUCAACCAGUGACAAUCAUGAUAUCGCACAAAAUCAUUCUACAAAUUUUACACAAAAUACCAAUUAUGUAAAUACGCAAGAAGCAAUUCAAAAAAAUGAUAUUAUAACAUAUCCUUCGAUACAACAUACGAAUAAUGUAGAGAUACAGGAAGAUAUUAGACAAGAAAAUAACAAUUGUGAAGUGAAUGAUGAUUCAGACGUACUAAUUCAUUAUCCCAAGGGUCACGAACCAUUUAAUAAAUACCUUAAUUAAUUAUUAAUUAUUAAUUAAUAAAUUAAUUUUCUUGUGCUAAAUUUUUCUCAUAGUUCCAUUAUUAUAUACAAUAUUUGUGUUAAUAUAUAUGCAUGAUUUAAAUAUUUAAUAAAAAACAAUUAAUUAUU